UCCGUUAGUCAUAAACUCACUCAGUGAUCUUCUUGGCCAGCUCCGUACACGCUGCGGAGGAGUUAGCAGAGAACACUCGGUACCCGCUCUUAGCCACGUUCAUCCUGGACCUGUCCCGGGUCGGUUCUGAACACGCUGACAGGUCCUCAGGUGUUCUCCUCAGGUAAACUGACACCUGCCCGCUAGGAAGCUGCAGGAAGACAACUGUUCACGGCAGAGCUCUUCUUCGGUGGUGUUUAAUGUCGGCGCAUACACCAUGCUAAAAGCGCAUUACCGCCACCUGCUGGACAAGAGAGGGAGACAGCCGACUGGGAGCACAGAGCUGAGGAGGAGAACACGAUGGCAGCAAGACAUCCAACGAGAGGACCAGCUUGGUGGCCUGCAGGAUCCAAAAUCCAAACAUGUGCAUGUCUGCAGUCAGCACUUCACUUCAGACUCCUGACUAAUUGGCCCUGUUUUCCUAACAAAGUGUGUCAUAAACGUCGUCUGAUCACUGCUGCUGUUACAGAAAAGAGAGAGACAUAGUGCAGAAAAGUGAAGUGUUGGCUUCCAGUGAGGGUUAUUGGAUGUUAUAAAACAGGUUAAUCUCCUGAAUGGACUGUAAUGGUGACGAUGGAGGGAGAAAAGAUGGAGAGGAUGCAGGGAGAGGGAGAGGUGGACCACCUGGAGCGACCAAGCCCACUGACGGACAAGGAGAGGGUGAUGAUCCAGGACUCGUGGGCAAAAGUCUACGAGAACUGUGAUGAUGCUGGAGUGGCCAUACUGGUCAGGCUGUUUGUGAACUUCCCCUCGUCUAAGCAGUACUUCAGCCAGUUCAAGCACAUCGAGGAGCCGGAGGAGCUGGAGCGCAGCGCCCAGCUCAGGAAGCACGCGCACAGAGUCAUGAGCGCCAUCAACACUCUGGUGGAGAGCCUGGACAACUCGGACAAGGUGGCGUCCGUGCUGAAGCUGGUGGGAAAGGCCCACGCGCUCAGACACAAGGUGGAGCCCGUCUACUUCAAGUUCCUCAGCGGCGUGAUCCUGGAGGUCCUGGGAGAAGAGUUCUCAGAGGUCGUGACCCCCGACGUGGCCGCGGCGUGGACCAAGCUCUUCGCUACGGUCUACUGCAGCAUCACAGCCGUCUACGAGGAAGUGGGCUGGGCUGAGAUCACGACUUCAACUGGGUGACGCUUUCAUUCUGGAUUACAUGGACCGCUAACAUCCAGAGACUUCCAGUGUUUUAAGGACACAGCUUCACGACGGAUGGACGGACUGUAACGACCUGAAGGGAAGCGAUGUAUCUAAUAUACAGUAAAUGUAAUCUCAGAUAAUCACAGCCUUUAACGGCUCAUCGUGUAAAUUAAAGCUCUAGGUGUGUUUUAUACGCUUGUAAAGGACCAAACCGUUUAGAGGGCGACGAUGCAAUCAGACACCCAUCAGAGUUCAAGAGGUCACAUUUGACUUGAUGUGCCUUUGACUGAAUGAAAAGCUGGAAACUGCCGUGUAGAGACCUCUCUCUCUGAAUAUCAUCCUCUCAUCAGUCCUCGUGUGUGUUACUCAUGAAUCAUUUUUAAACACUUACUCCAGAUGAUUUGUAUCUGUACCUACAUUUUUAAAUAAAAGGAAACCCUCUGAAGUUCCCAA